AGGGCGCUGUGCGCGCCGCGCGUCUCACGCUGCCGCUCACCACUGCACCUCUCUCCCCCUCCAUCGCCUCUCUCGCGCGCAGGUGCCGCCGUGGCCGUGCCGGCCGAGCCUGCCUGCACCGCCCGCUUGCGCUGCUGCUGCCUGCGCUGCUGCCGCGGCGCAGAGCUCGCCAGUCGCGCCGCGCGUGCCCCUGCCCAGCGCCGCGCGUGCGCCAUGCCCGCCCCGUACCAUGCCGGCGCGCGCCCCGGCUUCGCCUGGCCCUACUGGCCGCUGCGCCGGCUCGCUCUACCGCCGGUUUGCCUCGCUGCCGGCGAGAACGCCGCCGCCAUGGCCGCCUCCACCACGGCUACCGCAGACAGCUCAUCUCCGGCCAUCUCCCGCCGCGCCGAGCACCUCCCAAGGUACGAUAGAUGAACCACGUGAAGGACGUGAUAUUGGAACCGAACACGAAGACGAUGUUUGGUGGACAUAUCCAGAAGAGGCAAAGAACCAGGAGUACAUGCUUGGACCGGAAUACUCGCCAAGCAAGUGUCAUCUAACAAACACUGACGUAGUGUUAAUCCCAGGUAUAGAAGCUAACCAGGAUUCGCAUUAGUGGGCUCGAUGUGACGUCCUCACGUGUUCAU